AUGGGAGAAUGGAGCAUUCUGGGCAGCCUCUUCGACCACCUCCAGGCCCACUCGCCCAUGCUGGGUCGAUUCUGGCUCCUACUCGUGCUCGUCUUUCGGAUCUUGAUCCUGGGAACGGUGGCCAGCGACCUCUUUGAGGAUGAGCAAGAGGAAUUUUCUUGUAACACCCUGCAGCCGGGAUGCAAGCAGGUUUGCUACGAUGAGGCCUUUCCCAUCUCCCUGUACCGCUUUUGGGUCUUUCACAUCGUCCUCAUUGCCACGCUUUCUUUGCUCUUUCUCAUGUAUGCCAUGCAUCAUCACGGCAAGAGGACAAGUGGCUCCAAGUCCUUUCCAGACUACAAGGAAACUCGGCAGUUUAGGAGGCUGUACAUCGUUAACGUUGCCUUCCCCAUUGUCACAGAAGUUGGCUUUCUUGUCGGACAGUGGUGGCUGUACGGCUUCAAGGUGGACGCCCAGUAUCCCUGCAGCCGCUUCCCUUGUCCCUACACCGUGGACUGCUUCACCUCGAGUCCAGCAGAGAAAACGUUUUUCCUUUGCUUCUACUUUGCCAUAGGAGUCUUGGCGGCCAUCUCCAGCUGCAUGGAACUUCUCUACAGCUCUGCUAAGUGGUUCUGCUCCACUCAAGAGAAUUGCGCCUCAGAAAGCCCCCACAGCUACAAGCCAGGGGAGCUUGUGAAGGUUUCCGAAAAGGCUGAAACCGAGACCACGACCAGCAGUGGGAGGAUAAAGCUCGGGUCGCAGAGGACCGGAAAGAAGCUCAACAGGAUGAAGCACGAAAACGGAAAAUACAACAGAAGGAAGACUUUUGUGGUGUGAAAUAAUUCACACGUGCUGACUUAGAUAUUAAUCCUGCUCAGUCAUAAGUGCUUGUCGUGCCAGUCCUAAGAUAAGGAAAAAGGUAAUGAGAUCAGAUGUUAAAGGCGGUGAUGACUAUCCAGAUGAAGUCGUCAAACACUGGUGACAAAAAAAACAACCAAUGUUACUUUGUGUCCUUAUUUGGCUGACAUACAUUUCUCCCGUCCAACGUCAAAACCCAGUAACUCAAUUUUGGUCAAAACUGAGCUGCUAAAAAUUUUGGAGUUCCUAGGUGAUAUGCUUUACAUUAGCGUAUGCGAUAUUGUAAUUUGUUCCGUAAGUAAGCUGUUACGCGCAUGGCAGGACCUAGCAACUACCACAUAACCGCGUAGAUACAACAGAAAAACCUAGCAUCUCAAGGGACCAA